ACUCCUCGUGCCUAAACCCAACCAAUCCAAACAACGAAGGCAACUGCUAGGCUACUAACCAAUCAGAGGCAGUAGCACGGGUCGUGCCUUCGCCAUCCUUCGAGUACAAAAUUUGGGCACUGGUUACUUUGUGUCUCUUAAAACGUACAUGACCGGGUACCGCGGCAGAUCUGACCGAGCUUCCGAAGUCAUUUUACGGUGAACCAGGAGGACCAGGGCGCCCCCGCACAUUCUAGCCUCCUAGAAUGGGAAAUCUGCUGCUCGCCAUCGGUGUCUUCAGGGAUGACGCCACCAUGUCUGAACAAGUGAAUGGAGGAAGGUUCAUUACCAAAAGGAUCAGCUAUGGCAUAACUUAUUAUUACACUCCAUUCUCAGAGGCAGGGGAAAAGACAGUAUGUGCUGCCAAAGCAAAGUCUCAAACUUCCACUGCUCUUUGCCCCAUAUCUCCCUCAGCUUUGCCCCUAAGCAACUCCUCUGCAGAUCCUGCCUCCUGUCCGUUGCUCUCUGAUUCACCUUCACACACACCUGUCUCCUCCCAAAACCAAUCAGAUUCCGCAGCCACUUCCCACCCUCUUCUUCUUUUCUUUUCCUGGCUUGGCGCCCAGCCCCGGGCGGUGGGCAAGUACAGGGACCUUUACUUGGACCGUGGCAUGGAUGUCCUCCUGGUUCAGAGCAAUGUAAUGCACUUCCUGUGGCCUCGGUGGGGGCUGGACCACGGGUUGAAGGUUUUGAAGGUUUUGGAGGAGCCUCAGUUCUCAGGCAGGGCGGUGCUGGUCCACACCUCCUCCAUCGGUGGCUACACUUUCACCCAGACACUCACCCACAUUGCUCAGGGACAGAAAAAAUAUGCAUGGCUGGCCCAGAGGGUGAUAGGGCACAUCUAUGACAGCUUGGUGGUUGGCACUCUGCAUCACAUGGCGAUAGGCCUCGGCAGGACUCUGAUGCCACGUUUUUCGAACUUGGUCAAAAACGUCGCCAUGCUUUACUUUUGGCUCUUCAAAACCCACACCGCAGACUUCUACAAUAACAGCAUCCAGGUUUUCCGCAACAGCCCAAUUACUGCACCGGCCCUCUUCUUCUUCAGUGAAAACGAUGCCCUGUGCGACCUGGCUGAUAUGGAAACUUUGAUCGACCUCUGGAGGAAGAGGGGCGUGACUGUGGAGAGCAGGAAGUGGAAGGAGUCGAAACAUGCAGCCCACAUGCUGUGCCACCCAGAGGACUACCUCUUUACGCUGGAGAAAUUCUUGAACUCACUGCCCAUUUCCUCUGCCAAAGCAAAAAU